UCGUAGGAGUGAACAGAAUUCACCAAUCAGGAAACACAUAAACACGUGGCUGAUGGCUUUUAUCUAAAGUUCCAUAGCUUCAGUUCCGAAAACAAAAUGGCGGAACUAAAGUACAUGUCAGGUUUUGGUAAUGAGUUUGCCUCUGAAGCCGUGCUGGAUGCGCUUCCGAAAGGACAGAAUGCUCCUCAAAAAUGCCCAUAUGGUUUAUAUGCUGAGCAACUCUCUGGGACAGCUUUCACUGCCACAAGAGAAUAUAACUGCAGAAGCUGGUUAUACCGCAUCAGACCAUCAGCUGUGCACAAGCCUUUUGAGAAGAUAGCUCAGGGAGAUCUGACACAUUCCUGGGAUGAUUGUGACCCUAAUCCUAAUCAGUUGCGAUGGAAACCAUUUGAUAUCCCUCCUGAAGGAAGCAAUAUUGACUUCACGCAAGGUUUGCACACAAUAUGUGGAGCAGGGGAUCCUCACACAAGGCAUGGUGUUGCAAUCCAUGUCUAUGGCUGUGAUAUCUCUAUGAAAGACAAGUGUUUCUAUAAUGCUGAUGGGGAUUUCCUUAUAGUUCCACAAAAGGGGACCUUGAUGAUAACAACAGAAUUUGGCAAAAUGGAAGUGAAACCAAAUGAAAUUUGUAUAAUCCAGCAAGGAAUUAGAUAUUCAGUGGAGAUCAGUGAACCCUCGAGGGGAUAUAUUCUGGAGGUGUUUGAUGCCCACUUUGUGUUGCCAAAUUUGGGACCAAUAGGUGCAAAUGGACUGGCUAACCCCCGGGACUUCUUGACACCAGUAGCAUGGUAUGAGGACAGAGAUGUGGAAUCUGGUUUCUCUGUGAUCAGCAAGUACCAAGGAAAGCUAUUCAAAGCUAUACAGGGUCAUUCUGCAUUUGAUGUUGUAGCUUGGCAUGGCAAUUAUGCUCCAUACAAAUAUGAUCUCAACUGUUUUAACGUCGUGAACACUGUCUCUUUCGACCACAUUGAUCCUUCUGUCUUCACUGUUCUGACUUGUCCCAGUCUAAGACCAGGAACUGCAAUUGCAGACUUUGUUAUAUUUCCACCAAGGUGGAGUGUGGCUGAAAACACAUUUAGACCUCCUUAUUAUCACCGCAACUGCAUGAGUGAGUUUAUGGGCUUGAUUUUUGGUAAAUAUGAAGCGAAGGAAGAAGGAUUUGCUCCAGGGGGUGCUAGUCUGCAUAGUAUGAUGACCCCCCACGGACCUGAUAGAGAUUGUUUUGAGAAGGCGACAGAAGCAGACUUGAAACCUCAACGAGUCGCAGAUGGUACUAUGGCGUUCAUGUUUGAAAGUAGCAUGAGCAUGGCGCUCACUAAUUGGGGAAAUGAGACUUGCCAGAAGGUGGAUCAUGAUUAUUACAAAGUGUGGCAGCCAUUACAGAAACACUUCGACCCCAACAGGAAAACACCUUGAUGGACAACAAACUAUCUUAAUGGUCGUAAUAUUGCAUCGGGUUCUGACUGACUAAUUUAUGCGCAUUCGUUUAGACAUAACAUAGUCACAUUGGAAGCCAAAUGACGAUAGGAAAACAUUAUGAAGGAUCACAGGUUCUCUGAGUGUCGCAUCGGUUCUUGCCCGACUUAUCUUUAAAUACACUUAGACUCAAUAUAAUCGCAGUAUUUAACUUUUACACAAGAAUAAGGGAACGUAGACUGACAAAGGAAAAAUCGGAGUGAAGAGAAUCAAACAAAUGGCAAUGCAAGUGGAACUGGUAUCUUUGACGUCAUGAAGUGAGAUGUUGUUUAGAUAAAUUACUAUUAUGAUCAUUGUGCCCGCAAAGAGGGCAAGUUUGCAUACAAAUGUACGACCGACUUUUUAAUAUUUUAAACCAUACAAUCUCUUUGACGGCGCUAGAGUAAUAAGCGUGUUACACAUAUGUAGUAGAAUGUCCUUAUAGUGAAGAAUUUCUGCAUCUCAGGUUGUAAAUUUGAUCUGAUCCGUGAAACUAGAAUGAGAUAUGGGUGGAAGUGCUUUGUAGUUUUCCUUAGGUCGUGAUAGUCACUUGGUCACUUUCGUGCGGAAGUGCCCUCUUCUCUUCCCCUCCCCCCCUUCCCCAUACCCUUGAACGUUGACUUCACUGUAGAAUUCCAACUUGAUGUUCCAACUAAACGAGAAACACUUUGGAAAAUGGAUUGGACAGCUGUAGCCAAAAAGACAGGUUUAAUGGUUGAGGUAGUUUAAUGUGCCGUUUGCUGGUGUGAUUUUAAGAGCAUUAUAAGACUAUUUAUCAAAGUUGAUGUGUAUUGAUACGACGAAUAAAGGUUGAUAGUUUUUAAAGAAA